AUCGAGAUGUUUUCGCUGUAAGAUGGGGCCACGCGGGGAUCGAGUCGAGAACGAGGGAGGGAAUACAAAACCACGGGUCUCGCACCCCUCGAUGGAUUUUCGUAUCACACAACCAAUUCAUUCAUUCAAGCCUCCGCCAACAUGCCUGGUGCUAUGCUUGCUACCACCUCUGAUGUCAAUCAGAUUGAGGCUCCAGUCACCUGGAAGGCCUAUCUGAUCUGUGCCUUUGCUUCCUUCGGAGGUAUCUUCUUCGGUUAUGACUCCGGUUACAUCAACGGUGUCACUGGUUCUCCCGUCUUCAUCGAGCUCAUCGAGGGUGCUGGCGCAACCACCCUCUCUGGUCCCCACAACUCUCUCAUCACUUCUAUUCUCUCUGCCGGUACUUUCUUCGGAGCCAUCAUCGCUGGUGAUGUCGCUGAUACCAUUGGUCGUCGCUGGACUGUCAUCAUGGGUUGCGCUAUCUACAUGAUCGGUGUUGUUCUUCAGGUUGCCUCUCACGGUCUUGGUCUGAUUGUUGCUGGUCGUCUCGUCGCCGGUCUCGGUGUCGGUUUCGAAUCCGCCAUUGUCAUUCUGUACAUGUCUGAGAUCUGCCCUCGCAAGGUCAGAGGUGCUCUUGUCGCUGGUUACCAAUUCUGUAUCACAAUUGGUCUCCUGUUGGCUUCCUGCAUCAACUACGGUACCAAGGACAUCAACAACACUGGAUCGUACCGUAUCCCCAUCGGUAUCCAGUUCCUCUUCGGUAUCGUUCUUGGUGGUGGUCUCUUCUUCCUCCCCGACUCUCCUCGCUACUUCGUCAAGCGUGGUAACGUUGAGGCUGCUCGCAGCGCUUUGGCUAGACUGCGUGGCCAGCCCGGUGACUCCGACUACAUUGAGGCCGAGCUUUCCGAGAUCGUUGCCAACGAGGAGUACGAGCGUUCCAUGAUCCCCACCACUGGCUGGGUUUCUGGUUGGGCAAACUGCUUCAAGGGUUCGCUCUGGAAGCAGAACAGCAACCUCCGCAAGACUAUCCUCGGUACUUCUCUCCAGAUGAUGCAGCAGUGGACUGGUGUCAACUUCAUCUUCUACUACUCUACUCCUUUCCUCCAGUCUACCGGUGCCAUCGGCAACGCUUUCUUGAUUUCGCUCAUCUUCACCCUCGUCAACGUCUGCUCUACUCCCCUCUCUUUCUGGACUGUUGAGAAAUUCGGUCGUCGUCCCCUCCUCGUCUGGGGUGCCCUCGGCAUGUUGAUCUGCCAGUUCAUCGUCGCCAUCAUUGGUGUUACCGCUGGUUUCAACAAGACUCACACCAUCCCUAACCCUGCCGGUGGUGACCCUCUCACUCGUGCCAACAACAUCUCUGCCGUCAACGCCCAGAUUGCUUUCAUCGCCAUCUUCAUCUUCUUCUUCGCUUCCACUUGGGGCCCCGGUGCCUGGAUUUUGAUUGGUGAAGUUUUCCCUCUUCCCAUCAGAUCUCGUGGUGUCGCUCUCUCCACCGCCUCCAACUGGCUCUGGAACACAAUCAUCGCGGUUAUCACACCGUACAUGGUCAACGAGGACAAGGGUAACCUUAAAUCUUCCGUUUUCUUCAUUUGGGGUGGUUUGUGCACCUGUGCCUUCGUCUACUCCUACUUCUUGGUGCCCGAGACCAAGGGUCUUUCCCUCGAGCAGGUCGACCGCAUGAUGGAGGAGACCACUCCCCGUACCUCCUCCAAGUGGGUCCCCCACGAGACCUUCGCCUCCUCCGUCGGCCAUGCCAACGGCGGCAAGCUCGACAUGGAGGUCGUCGAGGACGUCGAGAGAAAGGGCAGCGUCUUCUAAGCGCAUCGCCUAUCUCAUGGAUUCGCAAAAGAGACAGAAAACAAGACAAGUUUGGAGCC